ACGAGAGACAAGGUACUAUAACAUAACCUAACUUUUUAAGUCUUAAUGGUCAGGUCAAUGAAUGUAUUAAUAACAAUAAUAAUUGAUUAAAUUAUUUAAUAUAUAUACAUAUAUCUUCUAAAAAUGAAUUCUCUUAAUACAUUUAGUAAGCGAUUGCAGAGGCCUGUUUUCUGUCAUAUUAAGAGGUGCUUAUCUGAUGAUACAAAGCAACAAAAUGAUAUAUUUAACAUGGAACAAUCACGACAAAGAGAAGCUGUUGGACGGAUAGAAAAAAUUGAAAUAAACUAUGUUGGUGCACCAAAAAAUGAAAUUCUCCUUAUGAACAAAAAUGUAUCCACACCUUAUGAUUGUGCAAAACAUAUGGGUGAUACUGUUCGCAAUAAGUCAGUAGUAGGCUUAGUAAAUGGAGAAACUCUUUGGCAUCUACAUAAAUGUUUACCAGGAGCCUGUAAAUUAGAACUUCUUCACUAUCACUCUCCAAAUCCAACAUUUGUUAAUAAAACUUUUUGGAGAACUUGUAGCUUUCUCAUGGGAGCAGUAGCUUCACAAGCUUUUAAAGAUAAUGUUAGGGUGUGCCUACAUAGUUUUCCCAGUCCUAAUGUAAAAUCAGGUAGUUUUGUAUAUGAUAUUCAAUUGGAAUUAGAAGACUGGAAACCCACAACAUCAGAACUAAAAGUUUUAUCAAUAGAAAUGAUAAAAAUGUGUCAACAAGAACUUCCACUAGAAUGUUUGGAUGUAUCAAAAGAUAUAGCAUUUGACAUUUUCAAAAAUAAUCCCCACAAAACAAAACAGAUACCUAGUAUAGCUGAACACAAUGGCGGGAAAGUUACAUUAUUCAGAGCUGGCACUCAUAUAGAUAUAUCUAAGGGGCCCAUGAUACCAAAUACCAAUCAUAUGGGAAGAGUUACAAUAGCCAACGUAAUCAAAUUGGAAACUGAUCUUGAAGGUGGACCCAUUUAUAGAUUUCAGGGGGUAGCUUUACCCAAACCACUUAUUUUAAACCAUUUUGCGUAUGGCAUUCUUGAAGAAAGGGCAAAGUUAUUAAAUGGUGCUCGAAUUCCAGGAACUCAGAUAAUAGAUAACGAAGAUAACAGUUUUGUUGCAAGUAUGACAGCAUAAUGUUAAAAUAUAGAUGUAGAAUUA